AUGUAUUCUCUUUAUUCAACUUCACAUGAAAAUCCUGUAAGUGACAAUAUUUACCGUAGAGAAUUCCACAAAUUAAAUUUAAGUUUCAAAAAACCAAAAGUGGACACAUGCCACACUUGCGACCUGUUUAAAAUUAAAUUAAACAUUGCUACGGACGAGACGAAAAAAUCUGCUCUUGAAACAGAACGGGACGCACACUUGCUAGCAGUUGAUAUGGUUUACAAUGAGAAGAAAUUUGACAAAAAUACCGCAGUUACAGAUAAAAAAAUCAAGUGUCUGUCUUUUGACCUACAACAAUGCUUGCCAACCCCAGCUUUGCAAUCAUCUGUAGCCUUUUACAAAAGAUAA